CCAUGUUACCAGACUCGAACUCGAGUCGCCGGUGUAUCCCGCUUCUAUCAGUUUUCUGCUUUUCCAUUAGAAAUUAGGGUUUUGGAAGAGGAAGAAGAGCAAGAGUCUCUCCGUCUCGAUUUUCCCUCAUCUUGAUUCACUCCUUUCUUAUCGAAAGGCGAUGGCUUCUUUGUUCAAGGAGCAAGCAAAGCUCUCGGCUUAUCGAGAUAGAAGAUUCUCAGGAACACAAGAGGAGUUCGACGAGGCGCUAAGGACUUCUUCGACGGUUUACAUUGGAAAUGUGUCUUUCUACACAACCGAGGAACAGAUUUACGAGCUUUUCUCCAGAGCAGGAGAGAUCAAAAAGAUCAUCAUGGGGUUGGAUAAGAACACAAAAACACCCUGUGGUUUCUGUUUCGUCCUGUUCUACUCGAGAGAGGACACAGAGGAUGCAGUGAAAUAUAUAAGUGGGACUAUUCUUGAUGACCGGCCUAUUCGUGUUGAUUUUGAUUGGGGAUUCCAAGAAGGAAGACAAUGGGGACGUGGUAGAAGCGGUGGCCAGGUUCGAGAUGAAUAUCGUACUGAUUACGAUCCUGCUAGAGGUGGUUAUGGAAAAUUAGUUCAGAAGGAGCUCGAAGCACAAAGGCAGCUCGUAGAUUACGGUACUGGCUCAUUGGGAGCAUAUCCUGCUGCUGCGCAAUCGAAUUAUGGAAGGCGUGGUGGUGGAGGAGGCUAUGGCCAAGGAGGAAAUCGCCAUGGAAGAGGAGGAGGAGAUUACCAUCGGAAACGGCAAAGAGACGAUGAUCGUUAUGGACGUGAGAACUCGAGAAGAAACUCAGAUCAGGAGUCUAGGAGAGAGACUGAUCAUGACAUGAGACCGGAGAAGAACCCACGAUUCCGUGAGAGCGGUGACUCAGACGAUGACGGUGAAGAUGAUCGGAAGAGAAGAUCUUGAUUUUGAAGUUGCAAAUGUUGUUGAAGGAUCAAUGUAAUCUUUAGUUUUAUGAGUCUGAACUUAAUUUGGGGUUUGCUAGAUUUUUCAUUACAACACUUUGAGUUGGUUUCAUCAAAUGUCAUAUCCUCGUGUAACUAACUUUUUCUCAUUGAUCAACUGAAAUAUCAUUUCGA